GGCAGCCAGCGGCCCCGCCCUCUCGGCCGGCUGCGGUGCUCCGCGGGCGGGGGCUAAGCCUCUGUCUGGAGCCGACCGGCAGCGGGCCCACAGACCCACCCACCGACCCGCGGACAGGCUGCCCACCGCGCAGGGAGCAGCCGCCCGUGCUCCCUGGGGCCGAGUCCGCAGGGCCACCGAGGAGCCGAGCGGGGGCUGCGCAGUGACCUGUCGCCGUCGUCACUCUGGACGCCGGAGUGCGCUCGGUUGGUUUGCUUUAAAAUGAGAGCUUGAGUUUCCCCGACAGGUGCAUUUGGUCGAAUUCAACGGAAAUUCCCCUCCCCGUCCGAGCGCGGCGGCCGGCGCAGACCCGGCCCCCGACCCAGGCGGCGGUCAGUGUCCCCGGCGCGUCCCGGGCCGCCCCAGCCUCGGGAGCACUUGCUGCUCGGCAGGCGCCCGGAGAGCGCAGGGCACCCCCUCCCCCCCAAAGAAGACAGCCCCCGGGGAUUCCGGCCCCGAAAAUGAUCAGACCUGCGCCUAGCCUGGCAGGAAGACUGUAACCGUGGGAAUUCAACUACCUACCCAGGCAACAUGAAGAUUUUCUUUGUAGAACCUGCCAUUUGCCUGAGUGCAUUUGCUAUGACUUUGACUGCCCCACUGACAACACAGUAUGUGUAUAGGAGAAUAUGGGAAGAAACCAGCAACUACAGUUUUGUGUCGGAUAGCAAUAUUUCUGAGUGUGGAAAAAAUACAAGCAGCCCAAUUUUUGCAUUCCAGGAGGAAGUUCAGAAGAAGGUGUCUCUCUUUAAUCUGCAGAUGGACAUAAGUGGGCUAAUUCCUGGUCUAGUGUCUACGUUCAUACUUCUGUCUCAUAGUGAUCAUCGAGGACGGAAAUUCCCUUUGAUUUUGUCUUCCGUUGGUGCUCUUGCAACCAGUGUUUGGCUCUGUGUGCUCUCCUACUUUGCUUUUCCAGUCCAGCUUCUGAUCGCAUCUACCUUCAUCGGUGCACUGUGUGGCAAUUAUACCACAUUUUUAGGGGCCUGUUUUGCCUACGUAGUUGAUCAAUGUGUAGAACAGAAACAAAGAACAAUUCGAAUAGCUAUAAUUGACUUCAUACUUGGACUUGUCACUGGAUUAACGGGACUGUCUUCUGGCUAUUUUAUCAGAGAACUAGGUUUUGUGUGGUCCUUUUUCAUUAUUAGUAUGGCUCUUGCUGUUAACUUGAUUUAUAUUUUAUUUUUUCUUGGCGAUUCAUUGAAAGAAUCUUCGUCUCCGAAUGUUGCCAUAUCAUGUAGUGAAGGCUUUAAAAACCUAUUUUACCGAACUUACAUGCUUUUUAAAAAUGCUUCCGGUAAGCGACGGUAUUUUCUCUGUUUGUUACUUUUUACAAUGAUCACUUAUUUUUUCGUGACGAUUGGCAUUUCCCCCAUUUUUAUCCUUUAUGAAUUGGAUUCCCCACUCUGCUGGAAUGAAGUCUUUAUAGGUUAUGGAUCGGCUCUGGGUAGCAUUACCUUUUUCAGUAGUUUCCUAGGAAUAUGGCUUUUUUCUUACUGUAUGGAAGACAUUCACAUGGCCUUCAUUGGAAUCUUUACCACCAUGGCAGGAAUGGUCAUGACUGCUUUUGCCAGAACGACAUUAAUGAUGUUUUUAGUCAGGUUGCCAUUCCUUUUCACGAUCGUGCCGCUCUCUGUUCUACGGUCCAUGAUAUCAAAAGUGGUUCGUUCUACUGAACAAGGUAACCGGAGGAGAAAGGAAGUGCCACAGAGGUUUUCAUGAGUCUCUCAGUAUCCCCAUCAUCUUGAAUGAGAAAGGAGAGGAAACUGGAUUCUUUCGGAAUCCCUGUGCUCCAUACGGCCGUGAAACUCCCAGCUAAAGCCACCCUGGACUACCUCUUGCCUCGCUGCUCCCUGCGCACUCUUUGUGAUUACUUGGAACACUGGAAAAACACACUCGACUUUUGAAACCUACCGGAUUAAGAAAAAGUAUAGAUACGAAACAAUGGGCUGAUGACUUAAUCCAGUUUAUCUCUGGUGACUGUGACACAAGUUGAACUGCUCGAGAAAGUUGAGCGACAAGUGAACCCUACCGUGUCACAGGAUGGCUGUUUACGCCAGACACACGUACCACCUGGCCAGCUUUCUGUCAAGAAUCGAGUUAGGUCAUUGCAAAACAGGACUACCUCUGUCCAGUCUGUCCUCCAUGGCACUGUGCCUGGAUGUAGCAAGGGAUCAGAAAUAGAAGAAGAUAAUCGCACAGACAGGUAGGAGAACUUCCUCCCAAGUGAACUGACUUCAUGUUUUAUUAUAAAUCAUGGAGGCAGCAGGUCUGUGUACUACUUGCUGAUUGGUAACUGGGCUGUUGAAUGAAGCUUUUUUUCAUUCAUUCGACAAAUACGGGUUAAACAUCUUCCAUGUGCCAGGACAGACAGGCCCUGGGACACAGCAGUAAACAGAGUAGAUGUGCACUUGGCAUGAACAGAGCUUUCGUUUUAGUCAAAAGAAGACAUGUACGUGAAAACACAGUAUUCUUCAGAGAUAUGUUUAUGUUUUAUGAACAUGUGACCUGUCAUUCAGUGAAGAAUUAGAAGCCACGUACGAGAAGAUGUAUACCGGGGUAAAAAGUCUCAGUAGAUAAAAACCCAUACGCCACACGGUCUACAAGACUAAGACCACGGGGAAAAUUAAAACACGGACAGCGUGAGCCAUAAUCUGGUUACGAAAGGUGACCCUCAUGCUUGCCUUUUCCUUCUCACCAGUCCAUCAAAUACAGUUAUUUACAUGAUUUGCAUUGUUUGUAGAAAAAACACAUCACAACUUCUCAUGGAAAAGUAAACUUGGCAAAGCAGGGAACAAGCACAACGGCUUAAUGAUAGAGUCCGCCAAAGCCACGUAGGGACUUCUACCGGGGACAUCAAGAAGAGCGGGAAAACCAGGACAAAGUUUUUCAUCUGGUGAUGCCAAAUAGGGCAAAGGGGAAGACAAGUACAUCAAGAUGACCCGCCUGUCCUUUAGAGGUUUAACCGCUCAGUCAGCGUGGUCUUGGAUUGCAGACAGAACGAAACAUUGGCAGAAUUUGUGCCCCCUUUUCUCGGAUUAUGAACUUGGACUGACCACGCAGCCACCCUACGCUCCUCGAACGAUGCUCCAGGGCCUGCCCUCGACCAGCCGUGGUAGGUGGGCAGGGGUGCCGGGCAGUGGCGGGAUCCCCGCUCACUCAGUCUCGUGAGCCACCUCAGCGUGGAAGCCAUUUCAGGCAGGGAAGGCAGAAAAGACUCACUUCGCAUCAAACCAUGGCAUAA